GUGCGGGAGGCCAUGCCUUCGCUUCCGUUUCCGGUCUCAGCUGGGGGAGGGAGCGAAGGGUAGAUGCUUCGCUGGCGGAGGGGGUCGGCCGGGGCUGCGUUCCUGCGACUCGCUGCACGCACCAUGGCUGGAGGUACCUGCGGGGGAGACCUGGUACCUCGUCCUGUCCUACACAUGGCCCCCUGGGUCGAGGUGUUCGUGGUGGGAGCAGCGAAGGGGCGUGGCGGAGAGGUCCUCGUGCACGCCCCCACGGGGUUGGGGCGCUGCCAGGUGAGGGAGCACCGUGGCAGCGGUGCCUUGGAGUCCCCCUCACCUGCCGGCUCUCGUGCCCCUUCCUCAGCGCCCACGGUCUCGCUCCCUGAACUCCGUUCGCUCCUAGCCUCGGGCCGGGCCCGGCUCUUCGACGUGCGAUCUCGGGAGGAGGCGGCAGCUGGGACCAUCCCAGGGGCGCUCAACAUCCCGGUGUCCGAGUUGGAAAGUGCCCUGCAGAUGGAGCCAGCUGCUUUCCAGGCUUUGUACUCCGCUGAGAAGCCAAAGCUGGAAGAUGAGAAUCUCGUUUUCUUCUGUCAGAUGGGCAAGCGGGGCUUCCAGGCCACGCAGCUGGCCCGGGGCCUCGGAUACACAGGGUACGGGAAGGUGUGGCUUGCUAGCUGGGAAAUGACUGGGGGACUGCCUACCGGGCCUGUCCUUCCCUCACCCCUCUUUGUCUCCACAGGGCUCGAAACUACGCUGGGGCCUAUAGAGAAUGGUUGGAGAAAGAGGGUUAGGUAGAAGGUGGCUUAUUGGUCCCUUCCCCGCCCCCAAUGGCCACCUUAACUAAGGGUGUUGAAGGGGCUGACUUGCUGGGUUGGGCAACUCAUUAUAGUGCUGUGCACACAAAAGCAUCAAAUAAAGAGCAGUUAAU